AUGAAGACGCACGGUGAAACCGAAUUGGAUUGGGCCAAGGGCAACAAUGAGAACGCAAAAAUAGACGGAGAUGGACUCACGCAGGAACUGGGCCGAGGAGUUCAUGAUGCUGGAUUGGCGGGAGCCCAAGCCCGACAUGCGGUACCAGCUUCCGGUGUGCAAAAGGGGCUUGCGCAGCCCAUCGUCGGCGGCGUCCGUACUCAUUCACCACGGCAAAAGAAAUCCAGAGACAAUAGAUGGGAUAAUGGGGGGAAAAGAAAGCGGGAAAGGAGGAGGGUGAGAUCUAAAAUUCUGAAGGCAUUCAUCACAGCUCGGGAAAAAAACACAGCUCGGGAAAUUUCAUCUUCUUUAGCUCGGCAUUCAUCACAGCUCGGGAAAAAAGAAUUGAACCUGUAUAUUAGUUUUACCAUCUGUAGGAAGAUCAUGUGGACAAUAAGGAGCAAGCCUACUUACUUUGCAUCAAUUUCUUGGCUUCAAGUUUUCUGUCCAGUAGUUAGAGGCCUCAACAGCUGUAGUUCAUUUAACUCGUUGACUCUCAAAAACUCUAUAUUUGAUAUGAAUCAUGAAACCUCAAUGCAUAAAUCCAUAAUAACUUCCUUGUUGUCUUCUUCCAGUGAUCUUGGUAAUUAA